UGUGAAUGACAGUUGAUGGUUUGGACCAAUUGUGACUAAUGGAGGGCGCGAAUUUAGCUUGCCCUAUAAAGCUGUCGCAAAUGUGGACUCUCAUUUCUUGAUAUUCUCACCAGAGAGUUUGAAGCCGAAAAAGAGAAUGAUUGAUAAACUAUGAGAUGAGUUCUGUGUGGAGGAAUGGGGAACUUGGUCAAAAGCUGGGUUGGUUCAUGGAAGGCGGUGCGCUGUGGCAUUUCACCCUUUUGCGCCUGCCCUUUUCGUGGUACAAUGACAGAUUAGGUACAUUGAGUACGUCGCUGCACUUUUCAACGCCAAGCCAUUUCAACUUCAUUCUGAUCAUCCAUCUUAUAUCGUCCAUCUUUGUGAUGCAGUGGCAUGUUGCUUUUGCUACUCCGUAUUGUACACAUAAUCGCCAAACCUUUCCAACACCAUCAAACGUACAGUGAUACUUUGCCGACGCGGCUCCGAUCCAUUGUGGGGACAGAGUGUGGCUUAGAUGCCAGGAUUACAGCCUUGUUUCCGUCGCUGCCUG